AUGUCUAGUUGUAAAACUAUAAAAAGCUAUGGUGAAGUAAAAAAAAGAAAAAAACUUUGUGUUUUAAAUGAUGAACUAGAAGAAGCAAAAGAUUAUGAACAAGAAGACUUAGACCCCGAAUUACAUGAUAGCUUACGUGGGUGUAUUGAAAAUGAUAUGAAAAACAUUUAUUUUGAUGGGCUGACAGAAUGUGAUCAAAAUGAUUACAGUGCUGAUGAAGAUAAUUUUGAUAAAGAUGAUUUAAGUGAAGAAACGAAAAGAAAGAAAUAUUAUGUAUAUGGAAGAAAUUUUAGUGAUAAAGAUUUUGACUCUGAACAUGUUCAUAAAUAUUAUCAACAUUUGCCUAUAUAUUUUGAUAACCCAAAUGUAGGCUCCACUAGUAAUUUUAAAAAAAUGUAUGAAUCAAAUAAAAUUGAAAAUUUAGAAAGAAAUAUAAGAGAAGAAGAUUUAUAUUAUCCUUCAGUACCAAUUAACUGGAAAUUAUAUGUUUGUCUAUUUUUUGAUAAAAAAUAUAAUUAUGAAAAUGAGGAAGAAAAAAAUAUAUAUGAUCGAUUUAAUAAAAAUAUACGGCAUAAAUAUGUCUUAGAGUUCUUAUCAUGGGUCAAGUUAUCAACAAGGAUAUAUCAAAAUACUUCAAAAAUAUUGAUGCUAUUUAACUUAAAAAAAAAUAAUAAUAUAUAUGGUAAUAUACUUUUUUUUACUUCAUUGAAUUUACAUUAUGCUAAUAUGUUUAUGAAAUCAAAUCCGUAUAUAAAACUAGGAUUAUGUGAAGAAUUAUAUUUGUAUUCGUAUGAAAGUAAUAAUGACCAUUUUCUCCUAGGUAAUUUUCCUAAUCUCUUUUUGCAAAAAAAUUAUUUAUUUAUAAAAUUUUUUAAUCCUCAAAAAUUAAAGGAAAUCAAUUCUUUAUAUGAAAAGCAUAUGAGGUUUUACAUAACAUCCAAUAUGAUUUUUAAACUGGGUAUAUUGAAAAAAGUACACAAGGACAAUUUGAAGGAUAUAUUUUUGACUACUCAUCAGUACUUGCCAAUAACCGAGGAUCAGACGAAGAGUAUUCUAUCCAAGUUUAACGCGGAAUUUGAGCUCCUGGAGCGGUGCACAGCUGUUCAGCUAGACGAACACUGCCGGAUAAGGAGCAUCACCGGGGCAGGCGAAAGGGAUGGUAUCAGUGGUAGCGGUAGUACUAGCAGUUGGGAUAGCACUAACAGUAGUAGCAGAUGUAGUGGUAAAAGUGAGCAUCUCCCGAAUGAUACCGAAGAGGGGGAAAACCAAGAAAGGUAUAACUCUAGCUGCGUAGCAGAACUGAACAUAGUAAAUUGCCGAGAUGAAGAAGAAGCGCAGGAAUUUUUGGAAAAGGACCCAUACACAAGAUGCUGCUUCUAUGAGAGUAUUUUUUUUUCCGAAGUGCGUGAAGUAGUUCCACAUAUAAAAUAUGGAGAAGGGUAUAUGCCGAAAAUGAUGAAUCCAAAUUUAAAAUAUAAGUAUGAACUUGACACCAACUUGAACCCAACAGAAUGUUUAGAGGAUAAACCGGAGUAUUUAGAGAAUAGAAGUAUGGCAGAAAAAAAAUUAGCUAAUCAUGAGAAAGUGGAUUUUGAUAUACUUGAUACAUUCAUUAAGUUAAAAUAUACCAAUAAAGAAGUCGAGUAUGAACACUGGGAUGUGAAGGAAUCCGACACAGGUGUGAAUGGAAAAUUUCAUGCGAAUUGUGCACUAGAUAUGGCAGAAAUGGAAAAAAAAAAUUUGUACAUAUCGGAAAAAUCGCUACAAGGGGGUAUUCUUGAAAAAAGGCGAAGAGGAACUGCAAGCGAAAUGGAUAGAAUGGACACAAUGGAUAGAAGCGAUGGAAAUGAUAGGAGAAGUCGAAGUGGACGUAGCUCCGGCGCGAAAGUAUGCAGGGUAAAAAUUGUUGACUAUGAUAACGACUACAUUGAUUACAUUUGCAAUGUGCAGCGAAACAAGAUAUUGUACGUAAAGAAAAAUGGAAAAGACAAGGAAACAACGUAUACAGACUCGAAAAGUGCAUUAGGUAGUAACAAGUCGAACAACAUAUAUGAUAUAUUGAGAGAAGAUAUGAAAAACCCGAACAUAUAUAAGAAAAAAGACAUCCUAUUAAUAGAUAACACAUUGCAGUUUUUUGAUCAUUUUUUUUUUAAAGAUUACUUGUCUGGUUUUGUUUACAUUUCUCUACCUCCAGGGGAAUAUAUUGAAGAUGCAUAUUUAAUAAAAGAUGAAAAAAAUUAUGAUUUCACUAUGUUUAAUAAUUCCUUAGCUACUCAAGAUGAUUUUUUAAAAAGACAAAAUUAUCAACCCAGGUUUUUAAAAGGAAUAUGGUUAAAAAAGGAGCAAUCAAAAAUUCUUUUUUAUGAUAAACAGAACAAUGCUUUACUCUUUGGAACUGGAAUUGACAAAACUUUUUCAUGGGACAAACAAGUUGAUGAUCGUGUUAUGAAGAGAGCUUUAAUUAAUAUGGAAAUAGCUAUGGAAAAAAUUAGAAAAGGUAGUUCCAUUAUACAAGAUGAUAUUACUGUUCAUCAGGAAACAGAUCGAACAAUUAAGGAGUACACGGAUGAGUACACCUCUGUUCAAAAAAGGUUUACAUCCAUUCACAAUCAUUUGAAAUCCUCUGAAGGCCUUGAAUAUUUAAACCCACACAUUUGGGAAAAGACAACAGAUGAGCACAAGAAGUUAAUGCUAGAUAAAGAAAGAGUCCAAAAACUACAUUCGAAAUUUUUAAAAAAACUGGAGUUGUAUAAAGCUUCAGUGGAUGACGAUCCUUUUAUUCAAAAGGCGCCAUCAGAAAGUGAUAUUCUGAGUCAUUCGGACAAAGUGGAAAUUCAUUUUCUGUGA